AGCGAAUAACGUUAGGGGGGGAAAGAUUCAAUUGAAAUCCUAUUUUCCUUUUGCUUGACUUCUGUUGUACCGGAAGUUUGCGAUGGACCAAUCGCGUUGCGAACCCGCAAUGCUCCGACGCAAACACGCGCCAUUUUAUUAAACAGUUCACAAAUCCUGACAAGGAUGAAGUUAUUACGAGAUUAAGAAUUCGUAUUAAGACAUCUUAAGGCCUAUUUUGUAAAACAAGUUUGAAGCUGUUGUAAUUAUCCCCUGAAGUUUGUUAUUAUAAUGGCUGUCAAUGUACAGCAGGAUCUUAUGGAUAGGAAGGAAGAUUUUCUCGACGGUCGCGAAUUAUUCGCCGAUCUAUCUGAAACUGUGUUUGGCGAUGGAUCUAAAAGUUGUAGUUCUAGUCCACUGGAAGGUGAUCUUUUAACCGAUCCAGAUAGUUGCGGAAUGUGUGGAGAAAGACUGGUUGUUCCUCGUGUGCUGUCAUGCUUGCACGUUUUCUGCGAGCAGUGCUUAGAAAAAAAACUGAUUGGAGAGGGAGGUGAUGGAAUGAUCGAGUCCAAUAUUACUUGCCCGACCUGCAAUCAGGAUACGAAAGUUGGUAGUAAACGACUGGCCUCACUCCCUUUAGAUGUAAUCACAAUUAAUAUCUCGGAGGUUUCGAACUCUUCUAGUUUGCAUUGUACCAGCUGCACUGCUAAAGAGAUUGCAAUUUCACGUUGCUGUACAUGUCAUAAUUUGCUUGGUAGUAACUGUGAUUCGGCUCAUCGCUUUAUGAGAUGUUUUGAACAUCAUAAAGUCAUUACUUUGGAUGAUAUGCGUAAAGAUGGUAAAAAGAUUACAGUUCAUAAACCUUUGCUUUGUGAUACUCAUAUUGCGGAAAGUCUACUUUAUUACUGUGCCACGUGUCACAUGCCCGUAUGCAAUGAAUGCAUUAAAACCGAUCAUAAGCCAAGCAGUGGUCACCAAUGUGAAAACAUGAACGACUCCGAAAAGCAUGUACGACAAGAAGUUGAAAAGAUGCUCAAUGAGGGAAGGGAAAAGGUUGAAAGUCUCAUCAAGCUGUCGGGAGACCUGAAUAGCAGCCUCGAGGAGCUUGCCCACCAACGCUCAUCUGCCAAAGAUUUAAUUAACGAAUCCUAUCAAAGUUACAAAGCCGUACUUGAGAAGUGUCGUGACGAUUCGUUGAAAGAAUUAAACGAAUUGUACCACGAACGCGAACUUAAAAUCAUGGAUAAAACUGAACAAAUUGAAAAAUAUAUUACUUUAUUAGAGGAUGCGUGCAAAUUUACCGGGCGUUUAACAGAAAAUGGCACCACCGCAGAAAUAAUGUACCUACACAAAACUGUCGGAAACCAACUGCUUAAUUUAAUGAAUAAUACUCCUAAACCUCAAAAGACAUUUUCUCUCGAAUUCCAUGCAGACUUUAACGAAUUUGAAAAAACUAUUAAAACUAUUUUCGGAAGAUUUCAUACUGAAGGCGAUGAAAUUCUCCAUAAAGAUACUAGUCAGCUUUCGAUAGUAACCACAAAUCUACAACCACUAACAAUUAAUGGUUCUAAUAUAGCGUUAAGUAACGGUUGCACCGGAUCAUCGUUAACAAAUAGCAGCCCUAUUUCCCUGUCAACUUCAAUGCAGUCGUCCUUUGACGGAGAUUUGGCCGCCAGUCUUCAAGGACUUUCCCUGCAACAUAGCCCGCCACCGCCAGUUAAUGCAGCUACAUUACAAGGUUUCACCAGCAUGGCCGAAUACAACAUUGCGCAAUUGGCAAGCUUAGCCGAAAGCACAGUCAGUGCAGCAACUUCACCUUCACCUUCGUUCACAGCAUUAGCCGACUUAUUCUCAACAGAAAAUGCUUACAAGAACCUCGCCUCCCUCGCCAAGUUAGGAUUUAAUAAUACAGACAAUGGGUCGAUGAUGAUACGCUCAAAUUCACCAGCCGCAUCGAUAGGUCUGAAUAAUUCCUUAAUAAAUGGCUUCGGAGGUGUGUCAGCUUCGACUUCACCCCUUAUCUCAACUCCAGACGAUAUCAUAGCCGAUCCACUUAAUGGCAUUGUAAAUCAACCCGCACCAAAUAGCGCAACUGCUUUAUCACGUAGUAAUAAAGUAAGCCCCAUGCAGAUAAGAUGUAAAUUUGGUCAAUUGGGACCUGGCAAAGGACAGUUUAAUUCUCCUCACGGUUUCUGUUUGGGACUUGAAGAAGACAUUAUUGUGGCGGACACAAACAAUCAUCGUAUUCAGAUUUUUGAGAAGACGGGCACGUACAAGUUUCAAUUUGGUAUACCUGGUAAGGAGGAAGGGCAACUCUGGUAUCCACGUAAAGUGGCAGUGAUGCGUUCGACUGGAAAGUACGUAGUAUGCGAUCGUGGCAAUGAACGUUCACGUAUGCAAAUUUUCACUAAGAGUGGCCAUUUUAUAAAAAAGAUCGCCAUACGUUACAUCGAUAUAGUGGCAGGGUUGGCUGUAACUGCGGCCGGUGAGAUUGUUGCUGUUGACAGUGUUAGUCCCACAGUUUUUGUUAUUUCUGAGGCUGGGGAUUUGUUGAGGUGGUUUGACUGUAGUGAUUACAUGCGAGAACCAUCCGACAUCGCAAUUCAUGGUAAGGAAUUCUAUGUGUGCGACUUCAAGGGUCACAACGUAGUUGUGUUCAGUGAGGAGGGUGCGUUCUUGCGACGUAUUGGGUGCGAGACCAUCACAAAUUUUCCAAAUGGUAUUGACAUAUCUGAUGCGGGAGACGUUUUGGUUGGAGACUCUCAUGGAAAUCGUUUUCAUGUGGCCGUAUUUUCACGCGAUGGCUCGCUAGUAUCCGAAUUUGAAUGCCCCUAUGUUAAGGUGUCGCGGUGCUGUGGCUUGAAAAUCACAUCAGAAGGCUACAUAGUAACCCUAGCAAAGAAUAACCACCACGUGUUGGUUCUAAACACGCUAUAUAUUCUUUAGGACCAGACACCAAGCAAGUAGUAUGAUCUCUCAUUAUCUACAGAACUGAUCUUAGUUUAGCUUUAGAUUGUCGUAUGAACUUACAAUUUAAGCAUUUUUUAGUUUAGUCGGUUUCGAUCCAAAGGUUUUAUUUACACAUAAAUCUAUAUCUAUAUACGUACGUGUAUUUUAGUUACUGUUGGACGUUAUAAUUUUAUGUUUAUUAGGUCUAAAUUGUUGGCAGCAGGCAUAACAUGGUUCCUAUAUUGAUUAUGUUUUCAAUUUUUUAACGCGCGUCAAUUAUAAAUUCGUGUGUUUGAAGUCAUGUGCCAAGUUUAAUCUCAUUUAGAAAAGCACAAAUUAAGUUGUUACGUUUUUAUUUAAUUUUUUUUCUUUAUCGGUGUGUAUGGGUGCGUAUGCGUUUGUCACUAAUUUCACUCAGGUUGGUGUGUUAAUUUCUUGCGGCCAUUCCGUGAUGAGUGCCAUUUUAGGUUAAGUCUUUAGGUAUCAGCCUGACGACAAGCUUGUGAUUCCAAAGCAAUUUUAGGGUUGCUACAAAAAUUUUUAAGUUACGAUUGCGUGUGCGUGUAUGUUUUCUGAACUCUCCAUGGGCUACUGUUUGCCGUGGAAAAACCAUGCCUGUGAUAUAGUAUCUUCAGGAUAAGUUGUGACCUUAGUCUCUUGUUGUUAUUUUGUGUGUGGCACGCUACCGUUUUGUUUUUCAGCGGUCAUGCUGUACACACACAACUGUUUUUAAAAGUAUAUGUAUAUAAUACAAAAAUAAAAAAAAAUCAAAUUUUAAACCAGAUUAUUUAUGUAUAAAAAGUAACUGUAUCUUAUAUACACCAUUUGUUCAUGAAGGAUUGUUCUUCAAAAUUAAAUGUGAUGUGAAUAAUCUCACAAUGUAAACCAGUGUUUUUGACAUAAUAGUUCUUACUUUUUAGUAUCUACCAAAUAAUAUUAUUUACACUGAUAUAUAUGUGUGCGUAUAUCACAUCUAAAAAUCAACGUGCUAUAGUGAUAACAUAGCAUUUGCUCACAUUAUUAAUUGCAUAUUUUAUAUAUUUAGAAUAUUUUUUAUACCACCUUCAUUUCGGCGAAUCAUCACCGCCGUGAUGCUGAAACGGGUCACGCUUGCUGUUUCGCUCUAAAAUUGCACCUAAACUGUCUUGACUGAUCUCAAUGAAAUUCUGUAACUCUGUUUCUUCGUCGACGGCGGUUAAGAAGUGAAUGUGGUAUAGAUAGUUGUUAACAUCAAAAUUUUAUCUUUUUAAAUUAAAAGUAAUAUAUAUUAUAUAAAUAUAUAUAUUGUCAAUGUGAUAGAUUUUUGAUGAUUUUUACAAUCACAGUCUUAGUAUGUGUACAAGUCAUUUUAGAUACUCCUAUACCGGUACUUUUUGCCAUAAUGUUUAUACAUACAUGACUAAAAUGUUAAACUUUUGUUGUCGAUAACUAGCGAACGUUUCACUAACUUUAAGCAAUAAAGUAUUUUGUCAGUCAGUAUUGGAGUGAGUAAGUUGCGAUCAUUCCAUUAGCGUAUUUUAGUUUGGUAUCGUAUUAUUUUUGCGUUUGUUUAGACUAGAGUUAGCUUUAGGUUUGUCUAGAUUAACACUGUGUUCUCGGGCUGACAUAGGCACUUGAUCGUCAAGAGCGUAAUUUAGUUUCGUAAGUCUUGUAACAGCCUCUAUCACAUUACUGUUACUUAAUUUUAAUAACAAAAGAGCGUACGUUAGACGUACGUAUGACCGUUACAUUAAUGGCGCAGCCGGCUCUAAACAAUCAUACCAGACCAUAAAUACAUAACAUGGUUGUGAGCUAAAUGUAAUUUUUAGAUUAUCUUUUUGACAAUUUUAAAGGAACUGUGCAAUAAUUCUGCAUAGGGCAUUGAGGUAGAGCAUUCCAAGCCUUUUUGCCGCCCUGCGCCAGUUUACUAUUAUCGACACAUGUUCGUAUUUCCACUUUGUUAGUCUAUUAAAGUACAAAUAGUUAAGUAUGGGUGGGUUUUUUUGCCUGCAUUUGCUCAUUUGCUUGGGUCGACAUAUCACGUAUCCGCAUCCCGGUGCCCAAUCUUCAUAUGUAGUCGUGUGUAUUAUGCAGGGAGUUGUGAAUUUUGCUGACACCAAAUUAUUUUUGUGUCAAAAUAAUAUACACUAUACUAUACUUAUAAAUAAUAUAUUAAAUAUUAUAUAAUCGAACGAAUAAAUUCACUGUGUCUUAGUCCAUGUCAUAUUAAACGAAUUAACAAAGUAUACAUUUUUGAACUAA